AUGAACGUCACUCCGACUGCCAGGAUUUUGAAACGCUUCCGCGAUCGCGAGGAGAACUCAGCCCUCUACAGGCAAAUCGACCUCGCGCGCACCGCGCCUACAAAACGACCCAACCAGAACUUCCGGCGGGGCAUAUACAACCAGACUGAUCGACGGAGCGAGACCGGCGCACAAGAAGACCUUCCAGGUGCAACUGAAGCUGCGCGGAAGCCGAAGAGUACACUGCAGAGGGCCGCCAGCAUCAAGAAAGCGCAGCACUCGCCGCCCGGCGAUGAGCGAGAACUCGCCCUCUCAUUGCAGAUCGAACCUCCGCGGCACCCGCCCUACAACGUACCGAACCUAGACUUCCGCGGCAUAUACAACCAGAGGUACCACUAUCCGAAGCUGCCGCGCGUUUUCUACGUGUCGCUGAAAGUCGGCAAUCGCGAGUUCAUCGGGGAGGGCGCCACCAGGCAGAUGGCGCGUCACACGGCCGCCGUCAAGGCUAUCAAGGUCAUACAGCAGCUUCCGAUGCCGGAGAACGCUCCAGAGUUCACGGAGAAUCAGCAGGUACCUGGCACGGAUCAGGGUGACAGUACGGACGAGGACAGUGAGAACAAGUCACCGAUCAGCCUCGUACACGAGAUCGCUCUCAAACACAACCUCUCCGUCGACUUUGAGGUGGUGAAGGAGAGUGGGCCGCCGCACAUGCGAACGUUCGUGACCAUCUGUGUCGUGGGAGAGUUCAGCACCAUGGGUGAAGGUAUGUGUGCGUGGUCAAGCUCUCUGUUGUUGUUGUUGUUGUUGUUGUUGUUGUUGUUGUUGUUGUUGUUGUUGUUGUUGUUGUUGUCGUCAUGGGGGAGUUCAACAUCAUGGGUGAAUGUUCCAUGA